AUGGCGACGGAUACAUCUGCUGCCCGACUAGAGAGUCCGGGUGAUCGCAACCUCAAGAAUGUCGUGUUAGGAGACCUCCUGUUCAAACCGUGGUAUCAAUCGAUCUACCCGGAAGACUUAGUUGCCAAAGACGCCGACCGCCUCUACGUUUGCCGCUGGUGUUUUCGAUAUUCCUGUGAUAGUGAGGCUUUUGCGACACAUACCUCGGCCUGCGAGAAUCGCAUAAUACCACCCGGUGCCAAGGUGUACGACGACGGCGGAUACGCAGUGUGGGAGGUUGAUGGGGAGAAACACAAGCUAUUUGGGCAGAACUUGUCAUUAUUUGCCAAGCUGUUUCUUGACCACAAAACUGUCUUUUUUGACGUGGCAACAUUCCUUUACUACAUUUUGACCUUUACUGACCCCACCAAUCCGGAAAAUUAUCAUGUGCUCGGGUUUUUCUCGAAAGAAAAGCUCUCCUGGGAUGCAAAUAACCUGGCAUGCAUUUGUGUCUUCCCACCUUACCAACACAGACAGCUCGGGAAACUCUUAAUGGGCGUGAGCUACAAAUUGAGUGGCUGGGAAUCCCCCGGUGGAUAUAUCGGUGGCCCCGAAAAACCCUUGAGUGACCUGGGCCAGAAAAGUUAUAAUCGAUUCUGGGCUGAGAGGAUCGCCAGGUGUCUGCUACGUGGCAAGCAUGGGGAUGACACUACCGAGGAGAAUCGCACAAAGCCGAGCACCCCAUCGAAACGCAAGAAAAACCAGCGCGAAACCAUGACAGUUGAAGAAAUCGGUCUUGCCACUGGAAUGUUGACAGAAGACGUUAUCACUGCUAUCCAGAGCAUGGGGAUCGCACAGCCCGAGAAGAAACGUACAAUGAGUCGGCUUAUAGGAGAGACCGAAGCUGAACAAGGCCCAAAGAUGAUGAUUCGUAAAUCAGACGUGUGGGAAUGGGCUAAAACCCACCAUCUUUCUCUGGAUGACCCUGUACGGGAGGAAGGUUUCAUGGGGCUAUGGCAUUCUAGAAAUGUGUCCGAUGAUGAAGCAAGCAGCUCAGAAGAGCACUAG